AUGCACAUCACCCUCCUCACCACCCUGCUCGCAGCGGGCACAAGCGCCCAAUUCGUGCAAUCCUUCGUGCCACAGGUCGCCCACGCCUACGGCUUCGAAGGACCCGGCAAAUGGCGCCCAAUCAACCAAGACCACCACCAACAACACCAGCAACACGCUCAAACCCCUAAGCCGAUGGCCCACGCCACCCCCUCGACAAUGGUCGCCAUGGCUUCCGGCGCAAAGCACUCCAUCAUGCCCAUGGCCUCCAGCCGCCCCUACGCCUCAGACAUAUUCGCCCCCAAGGCCUCGCACCCAGCCAUCAAGCAUCAUCACGUCAAGCCUCACUCGCAUGCACACGCCACGCCCUCUUCAUACAUGGCUCCUUCGUACAUGCCAAUGGUGACGCCUACCCCGACACCGCGCUUCAGUCACGCCCUGCAUGCCGCGCCUAAGCCUUCAGCCCACCACGGUGCCCAGGCACCUUCCGCGCACCACGCCUCCGCCAUCGUGCCGAACGGAAACAUCGGCAUUCCAGCCGGCGGAAUGAGCGUGCCCCCCUCCGCGGAGGCUCCCCAGCUACUACAGGCUGAUAAACCUGAAGGAAACGCACCGGCACAGCAGAGCAGUAACUACCAGCUUGGUCCUGGCGCCGGCGGAGAGGCACCUGUCGGGAGCGACAAGGAUAUUGCGCCUGUUGCCCCCAUGGCUCCCGGAACGAAUGUUGCUCCCGUGCAGCCACAAAAGAGCUUUGGUGCGGAUGUGGGUAAUUCUUUCUGUAUGGGGCAGUGUUAUCCUUCUGAGGAGGAGGCUAGUUGCUCGAAGCCUUAUGCUUCGCCCGUGCUCAAAAACGAGUCGUCUAUGGAGGAACUGGUUGAUGCGGUGCUCCUAGGGAUGGAGAAAUUGCUUGCAGAGCUGAAGCCUAGAUCUGGGGAUUUGACAAACAGCGGGUCUCUACAUCUUGCGACUGCGCAGGGGUCGCUGGAUAUUGUGCAAUUGCUGCUCGACUUGGGAACUGAUACUUCACUUUACUUUCCUAAUGGCCGGCCUGCUCUUCACUAUGCUAUUCGGCUGGGGAAUUUUGAUAUCAUGCAGUAUUUGAUGCAGCGUGGGUUGAGAAUAGCUGAAGUAGACAAUAAAGACGCGUUUUAG